AUGCAGGGCGAUCAGCGAGGUGGCCAGGGUGGACAGUCGCUCUUUGAGCAGAUGUACUACCAACAACAUCAGCCAUACGGUCAACAACCACCGUAUAUGCAGCAACAGCAGCAACAACAACAACAACAAAAUCAACAGCAAUUUGUUUCUUGUGCGCCGCAACAAAAUUUAUACUCGCAACAGCAUGGUCAACAGACGGUACCACAGGGUUACACGCCACCGCCCCUGGCGCCGCCUGCACCCAAUUACUUUUCUCCCCAGCAGGACAAUGAUUACUUUAAGGGAUUUUACGACGGCGUGGUAAGACCUUCAGGACCUGUUCUUGGAAAUGCCGUCAGCUGGUUGGCACCACUUUUUGUUAAUCUUGCCAUUUUUGUCGGUCCAAUCUGGUACAUGCGUCGCAAGUACGUUCAGGCCAUGAGCAAAGCUGCCACUGGGGACGCGGGAAAGAAGAACUCAAUGAUGGGUGGGCUGAUGGACAUGAUGAACCCUAUGAAGUCAAAGAAUUACCGUGUAGAUGUUAAGAACACCACCUUCGCCGACGUUAUUGGCAUUCCGGAAGCCAAAGAAGACCUCAAGCAGUACGUGGACUUUUUGAAGGAACCAAAAAGGUUUACCCGACUGGGUGCCCGCCUGCCGAAGGGUUGUCUGCUGACCGGAAAGCCAGGAACGGGCAAGACUCUCUUGGCUCGCGCCGUUGCAGGUGAGGCUAGCACUGCGUUUUUCUCCUGUUCUGGUGCGGAUUUUAUUGAGAUUUUUGGCGGCAGUGGUCCAAAGCGAGUCCGUGAACUCUUUGAACAAGCCAAGGAGGCCGCACCAUGUGUUGUCUUUAUUGAUGAGAUUGACGCCAUUGGAUCUCGUAACCAGGGUGGACGCAGUAUGGGUGGCGGAGGUAGCAGUGAGGAAAACCGCACCAUCAACCAGUUGCUUGCUGAGCUGGACGGGCUUUCUAGCAAAGAGGCGAUUGUGGUGAUUGCCGCCACAAACUUCCCGGAGGCCAUCGAUAAGGCCCUUCUACGUGAGGGACGCUUUGACCGUAAGGUGAAUAUUCCGAUGCCCGAUAUGGAAGCCCGACAAGAGCUAUUUGAGUUUUAUCUGAACAGGAUCAUUACCGGGGAUCCGAACUGCAAGCCAAAAGUACAACGAUUCCGCACGAGAAAGGAGGGUGAAGCCGGUGCCACCGAUUCCUCCACUACUGCGGGCGAUGGGACAAAUAACGAGAAGAAAGAGGAGGUCACGAACUCCAUGAUGGAGGAAAUACCCGCUGCGGUGAAGAUCAUCCCCGGCGUCAGCAACAAGGCGUACGCUCUUGAAUUGGCUGAACGCACCCCUGGCGUGUCACCAGCGCAAAUUGCAACCAUCGUGAACGAAGCUGCCUUGACAUCAGCCAUGCUUGAGGAGGAAGUUGUUCCGUUGAAAACGCUUCAGGACAGUAUUGACGAUGUCCUUAUAGGUAGGAAACAUCGUCAGCGAAUGAGCGAUACGUCGCUGCAGCGCACAGCCUAUCAUGAGGUUGGCCACGCAAUCAUGGCAUGGAUAUCUCCACUACAGAAGGAUGUUGUAAAAAUUUCCAUCAUUCCACGUGGAAGGGCUGGUGGCUACACGCAGCAGGUGCAGGACGAAGCCCUGGAGCCACGUACGGACGUGUUCUUGUUCUCACAAUUAUGUGUUCUUAUGGGCGGUCGUGUUGCCGAGAAGAUAUUUAUGAAGGAUAUUUCAACUGGUGCCAUGGAUGAUCUCCAGCGGGCUACUCGCAUUGCAAUGGAGAAGCUUCUGAUGUACGGCAUGUCUAAAUCCAUCGGUCAGCUGGCCUUUAAGCCGAACGAUCGUAAUGAGGGUCGUGCCUGGAUGAACUUCUCUGAGGAUCUACACGCAAAGGUGGAACAGGAGGCACGUGAUCUUGUGGCGGCGGCAUACAAGCACACAGAAAAAACCCUGCUCGAAAAACGCGAGCUUCACGAAAAGCUUGCGAAACUGCUGCUAGAAAAAAAGGAACUGAUGAGGGAAGAUAUUGAAAGCGUGCUAGGACCCCGCCCCGUGCUUACUGCAUAA